UGGCAUCUCCGCGGCGAGUGGUCAUCUUUCGUUUUGUGUUGAUUGGGCGUUGGAAAUCAUAAAAUAAUAAAGGAUGUGUUAUUAUUUAAACAUAAAUAUAUCGUGUCGCUAUUCGUAGUUACAAAAUAUAGUUGCAGCCUUAUAGCAACCUUUUCCGUACCUCAGUGAAGAUGCUCUAAAGUAAGCGAACUAAGUAGUCACUUGUAAAAAGAAAUUUUGUAAAUUGAUUUUACGGAAAGGUUUUAAAUAUAUGUAAAUAAACAAUGCCGGAACAAAGCAACGAUUAUCGUGUAGUUGUAUUUGGUGCAGGCGGUGUAGGAAAGAGUUCUUUGGUUUUGCGCUUUGUAAAAGGUACAUUCAGAGAAUCGUACAUACCAACUAUUGAAGAUACAUACAGACAAGUUAUAAGCAGCAACAAAACAAUAUGCACUCUACAGAUCACAGACACUACAGGAUCCCACCAGUUUCCAGCCAUGCAAAGACUAUCAAUAAGCAAGGGUCAUGCAUUUAUCCUAGUGUAUUCAGUGAGCAGUCGGCAGUCAUUGGAAGAGCUAAAGCCAAUAUGGCAAACUAUAAAAGAAAUUAAAGGAGCAGAGUUGCCAAAUAUUCCAGUUAUGUUAGCUGGUAACAAGUGUGAUGAAAGUCCAGAGAUCCGAGAAGUGUCUGCUGCAGAGGGUCAGGCUCAAGCUCAAACUUGGGGGGUAUCUUUCAUGGAGACCUCAGCCAAAACCAAUCAUAAUGUUACCCAGUUGUUCCAGGAACUUUUGAAUAUGGAAAAGAACAGAAACGUUUCCUUGCAAGUUGACGGCAAAGGGAAAAAGAAAAAGGAUAAGGUUGUAAAGGAUGGUGGGGAAGCAUCUGCUAGUGGAAGGGAGAAAUGCCUUGUUAUGUAAUAUUAAUUAACUUAUUAUCCCACCAACUUUUAGUGUCAAGUAAUAAGCAGCAUGGCGUAAAAUAUGACAAUAUAAUAAUGAUGUUCUGAAUGAGAUAGUUUAGAUAUUAAGGCGUUAAUAUGUAGUUAAUUUUACUGUCACAGGUUAGCAUUAACGCGUCCACUUUAUCUUGGCGCUGCUCAACCGUUAUGAUCAAAAUAAUGUUUUAAUAAUAUGAAUAACGCAAUGCAAAUAACAAAACAAUUAACGUAAAUAACAGCAACCUAAAUGCAGAAGGAACAAACAAUAUACUUGGGGAAAAGUCAACAAUUUAACAAAAUUAACAAUCCCUGUUUGAUAAUUAGAUAUUAUAUAUAUUUUUUUAGCAAAUAUAAUAUCAUUUUCUUCAACAGUGA